AUGUGCGCUGGGAUCGAGGCCUUUGCCAGGAGCUCCGUGCUGCUGGUCGGGGCGCCCCGGGAUGUGGAACCGGAGAACGGCACGCGCACGGGCGCCGUCUACGCCUGCCCGCUCUCCGCCUCGCGCAGCGACUGCCAGCGCCUCGACAUGGAGCUCAAGAGCGAGCCGGACAAGCACCUCAUCGAGGACAUGUGGCUGGGGGUGACGGUGGCCAGCCAGCGGCAGCCCGCGGGCAGGGUCCUGGCCUGCGCGCACCGCUACACCAAGGUGCUGUGGUCGGGCAGCGAGGACCAGCGGCGCAUGGUGGGCAAGUGCUACGUGCGGGGCAACGACCUGCGCCUCAACAUCAGCGACGAGUGGCAGACCUACCACAACGAGAUGUGCAACUCCAACACGGACGCGGAGGAGAGCGGCAUGUGCCAGAUGGGCACCAGCGCCGGCUUCACCUCCAACAUCAUCUACUUCGGGGCGCCCGGCGCCUACAACUGGCAGGGCACCAACUACGUGCUGCAGCGGGAGAUGUGGGACCUGCACGACUUCUCCUACCCCAACGAGAAGAACGGCAACACCUACAUAGGCUACGCGGCGGCGAUGGGCAGCGGGGUGCUGCAGCAGGACGCCGUGACGGUGGUGUCGGGCGCGCCGCGCUACCAGCACACGGGCGCCGUGUACCUGCUGGGCCGCAGCCCGCAGCACACGCUGCAGAGGCGCCUGCUGCUCCGCGGCCACCAGGUCGGCUCCUACUUCGGCAGCGCCCUGGCCUUGGCCGACCUCAACAACGACGGGUGGCAGGACCUGGUGGUGGGAGCCCCCUACUACUUCAAGCGCAAGCAGGAGGUGGGGGGCGCCGUGUACGUCUACAUGAACGAGGGGGGCGCCUUCGGCCCCCAGCCCAGCCGGGUGCUCACCGGGCCCAGCUACUCGGCCUUCGGCUUCGCCGUGGCCGCCAUCGGCGACCUCAACCAGGACGGCUUCCAGGAUAUCGCUGUGGGGGCUCCUUUCGAGGGGCCUGGCAAGGUCUACAUCUACCACGGCAGCGCAGAGGGUCUGGUGGACAAAGCGCGGCAGGUGAUCGGCGGCUCGGAUCUGGGUCCCGCCAGCAUGCGGACCUUCGGGUACUCGCUGAGCGGCGGGCUCGAUGUGGACAGCAACUCCUACCCCGACCUCCUGGUGGGCAGCUUGGAGGAGAGGAUUGCCCUGCUCAGAGCCCGUCCUGUGAUCAACAUCCUCAACAAGACGUUGACGGUGAACCCCAGCAAGGUGGACCCUGCCCGCUGCACCCCCACCUCCUGCAUCGAGGUGACCGUCUGCUUCUCCUACAACCAGAGCGCCGGCGACCCCGGCUACAAGGAGACCAUCACCCUGGAGUACACGCUGGAGGCGGACAAGGAGCGGCACCCGCCCAGGGUGAGGUUCCUGGAGACGCACUCGGCCACCUACCGCGGCCUCUUCCGUAUGCCUGGCACCCGCUGCGAGACCAAGGAGCUGCUGCUGGUGGAGAACAUCCGGGACAAGCUGCACCCCAUCGUGCUCACCAUGAACUACUCGCUGGUGGAGAAGCCAAGGGCCUUCCAGCUGGGCCUCCGCUCCCUCGAUGCAUUCCCUGUCCUCAACGCCGACCAGUCACACGAGAACGAGACGAAGAUCGAGUUCCAGAAGGAGUGUGGCCUGGACAACAAGUGCUACAGCAACCUCCAGCUUCAGAGCAGCUUUGUGAAUGACCAGAACCAGCCGCUGCCCAGGCUCAACGGGACGCAGGUGCUGCAGUACAGCCAGGACAUGCGGAAGCUCUACCUGAGCGUGAACAUCACCAACAAGCCCAGCACGGCCUCCGACGGCGAGGACGCCCACGAGGCCCUGCUCAACGUCACGGCGCCCGCGACCCUGCUGCCCUCCUCCGUCCGCCCGACCGGCGCCUGCAGCUUUGGCGAGACGGUGCUGUGCGAGCUGGGCAACCCCUUCAAGAGGAACCAGAGGGCGGAGCUCAUCAUCAUCUUCGAGGUCAUCGGCAUCACGCUGGACACGCGGGAGGUCUCCGUGUGGCUGGACCUAACCACGCAGAGCACCCAGGAGGACCUGCAGCCCGUGCUGGCCAAGCUGCUCGUGGAUUACAGCAUCCAGUCGUCGCUGAAGAUAGUCACCUCUCACAUCCAGUCGUACUUCAGCGGGACGGUGGUGGGCGAGUCGGCCAUGCAGAACGAGCAGGACGUGGGCAGUGCCCUCGACUUCCAGUUCCAGGUGACCACCCGGGGGGAGGCGCUGGGUGCCCUGGGCACCAUCCUGCUCGGCUUCGAGUGGCCCUACGAGAUCCCCAAUGGCAAAUGGCUCCUGUACCCCACGGAGAUCCUCAUCAACAGCAACGAGACCUGCCAGCCCCCCGGGGGGGUCAUUAACCCGCUCAACCUCACCCUCCUGGGGGACAAGCUCCCAACGCGGCAGAGACGCGAGCUGGGGGCGGCGCAGCCGGCCGAGCCCCCCCUCACUCUGGCCACCGCCAAGAAAGCCAAGUCGGAGGUGGCGCUGAGCUGCUCCAAGGGCACUGCCCGAUGCAUCUGGUUCGAGUGCCCCAUCCGCAGCACCCAGCACCCCACCUACUUCAGCAUCCGCGCCCGCGUGUGGAACAGCACCUUCAUCGAGGAGUACAGCGAUUUYGACCGGGUGAAGGUGGACGGCACGGCGACGCUCUUCCUGCGCACCCACGUGCCCACCAUCAACAUGAGGAACCACACGGUGCGGUUCUCCGUGGACGUCGACUCGGAGCUGACGGAGGAGCAGCCGGCCGAGAUCGCGCUGUGGUUGGUGCUGGUGGCGGUGGCGGCCGGGCUGCUGCUGCUGGGGCUCAUCAUCCUCCUGCUCUGGAAGUGCGGUUUCUUCCGGCGGGCCAACACGCGGGCCAUGUACGAAGCCAAGGGCCAGAAGGCGGAGAUGAAGAUCCAGCCGUCUGAAACGGAGCGGCUGACGGACGACUACUAGGUGGGGGCAGCGCCGUUGCCCCCGAGCGCCCGCUGCACCCGCUUGUGCGAUUUCUUCCAGCGGACGCGCUACUACCG